CCUGCCUGUAACAUCACCACUUUGUGCCAACUCCUUCUUUGUCUGCGUUCAAACUUGCAGGCCAUCUCAGAUCGUUUUGCAGUCAUUGAUCUUGUUCUUGGGGAGGUGGUCCAUCCCGUGAAGUCGAGUGCUUCUUACAUGCCGUAUCUUGAAUCGGUUUCUUGCUGGUCGAAACCGUCGCAGGACUGAAUCAACCGACUGACACCGCCAUUUCUUAUCGCAUACUCCAGGAUGGGUCCUCUGCGUCUUCACAUCGAUGGAAAGGUGUUUCGCGAUCCUCAGAAUCGAGAGAUACUGUUGAGGGGUAUCAACGUUGCUGGCGAUGCCAAAUACCCCAAAACGCCCGAUCUUCCUUCGUUUGUUUCGGACAAGUUCUUCGACGCAGACGAUGUUUCCUUUGUCGGGCGGCCCUUCUCGCUGGAAGACUCGCACGUCCACUUCAAACGACUGCGCAAGUGGGGCUAUAAUGCGAUUCGAUACAUCUUCACAUGGGAGGCAAUCGAGCAUGCCGGUCCGGGUAUCUACGACGAAGAGUGGAUCGCAUUCACCGUCGAGGUUCUGAGAAUAGCGAAGCAAUAUGAGUUUUACGUCUUCAUGGACCCUCAUCAGGACGUGUGGUCUCGAUUGUCUGGAGGAUCCGGCGCACCAAUGUGGACACUUUAUGCGGCAGGCCUGAAUCCCAAAGGGUUCAAAACCACAGAAGCUGCACUCGUCCAAAAUACAUAUGAUAACCCUGCUGAUUUCCCCAAGAUGAUCUGGAGCACGAACUAUACCCGUCUCGUAUGCCAGACCAUGUUCACCCUCUUUUGGGCCGGCAGAGACUUUGCGCCCAAAGCUAUCAUCAACGGCAUGAAUAUUCAAGACUAUCUACAGGCUCACUUCAUUGCAGCCUGUAAGCACCUGGCGCAACGAAUUCAUGAGGCCGGGGAUAUUGAACACGAUGUAGUGAUUGGCUGGGAGAGUAUGAAUGAGCCCCAUCGAGGCCUGAUCGGAGUGCAGGAUAUUUCUACAAUUCCCCCGGAACAACAGCUUCAGCUUGGAACCUCACCGACGGCCUUCCAGGCAAUGCUCACUGGCGCCGGGCGAGCUUGCGAGGAAACUACCUGGAGCUUUGGCAGCUUUGGGCCCUACCAGACAGGCAGACAGCUUGUGGACCCAGAGGGUGAAUUAGCCUGGCUGCCUGUCGGCCAUGAUGAUAGCAAAUACGGCUGGCAACGAGACUCCGGAUGGAAACUCGGAGAGUGCAUUUGGGCCCAACAUGGAGUCUGGGAUCCCGACACGGAUACCCUACUUCAGAAGGACUAUUUCUCAAAGGUGCCCAGCACUGGAGAGCCUUUAAACUACGAGAUAUUCACCAACACCUACUUUUUGGAACACUACCGAAAAUACAGAGAUGCAAUUCGAGGCAUCUGGCCUGCGGCGAUACUGCUGUGUCAGCCACCCGUGAUGGAAGUGCCUCCCGACUUGAAAGGAAGCAAAGACGAUGACCCAAAUAUGGUCCAUGCUGUUCAUUACUACGACGGUUUAACUCUUUUGACUAAACACUGGAACCGCCUCUACAAUGUGGAUGUCAUUGGUGUUCUCCGAGGCAAGUACUGGGCACCGGCGUUUGCUGUCAAGGUCGGAGAGUCGGCGAUUCGCAAUUGUCUGCGUGACCAACUCAAGUUUCUUCGCGAAGAGAGUUUGAAGUACAUGGGUAAUCAUCCACUUCUCUUCACCGAGAUUGGCAUUCCAUAUGACAUGGAUAACAAGCAUGCCUACGAGACUGGAGACUAUAGCAGUCAAACGAGCGCGAUGGAUGCCAAUCACUUCGCCAUUGAAGGCAGUACCUCAAAUGGCUUUACCCUGUGGGUGUAUCAGACAGAGAACAAUCACGAAUGGGGCGAUCUUUGGAAUGGCGAAGACCUGUCUAUUUACUCCCGAGACGAUUUGGAACUUCCGACCAAAGCCACGUACACCUCCCUAAAUCCACAGUCCCCUGCCUACUCUGAAAGCCAUAGCAGUGGAGACGAGCCGGAUGUCGAUCCUCGCAAUCUCAAGCGCGCACUCACAAAUCCCUCAAUCACCAGUGUUAGCUCUCAAACUCCCAAGGGCUACCGGGCCGCCGAGGCUUUCCUUCGCCCAAGUCCAACAUACGUGAACGGGGCCCUGGACAGCCAUGUCUUUGACCUUCGGAGUUGUACGUUCACCAUGACUUUGACGGCAAAAGUCGCUACCAAAGCCGACGCCCCAACAGAGAUUUACCUGCCCGAGUUUCACUUCCCUGAGAGUAUGACUGUCAUCGCGGCAAGCGGGGGGAAGUGGGAAAUUGACUACCAGGAAAUCAAGUCCAUUAAGAUUCAACGAUUACGAUGGUGGCACGCCGAAGGCGAGCAGAGCAUCAAAGUUGAGGGAGUCAAGCGCAAAGCUGGGGAGAUUUCGGUGAUCUUAUGUACAAAGCAAUGCUAGCUCUAACAAUGGUUGACAGCUUGGGUACAAAGCAAUGCUAGCUCCGCUCAAGCAGGUGAGAGGUUGAUCAAUCUAAAAGCGUAGCUCGCUUCGGAGCGAAGUAAGUCUAUGUCGAAGUAUAGAAUCUCAUUCGGGUUGCGACCGGGUCGUAGUAUAGACCCGAAAAGCUCACGGCGGGUAACUCCCAGUCUUUGAGUCUGAGUUGUGUUCGGAAUGGGGAAGAUUUCCUUCGAAAUGUCAGAUUAUUACGACGAGGAAAUGCUCUCGGAUGUACAUACCUCGGACUGUGUCAUUGUAGGUUGACCAUUUAGGUCGAGUCUCCAUGCCUCGACUGUGCCCGCGACGACGGUUCCCUGCUGUCGGAUUUUCCAAUUUACAAGAAUCACGACAUCGAUAUCCCCGCCACCCCCCCUUAGGAGGAGCUCCAUGUCCUCUUUCAAGGCGGGUGCGGACUGCGACCAGCCAACCUCGACUGCAAUGGUGGGGAGUAAUUCCUCGUCCUUGGGACGGAAGAAAAAGUCGGGCUCCUUGUAGCUUUUCGCGAAUGGUGAGGUGGGCAAUUUGAUGGUUGUCCCAACGCCGGUAUCGAUUUCUUUGUAUUCAGCCCAGUCAAUAAAGCCGCUUUCGACCCAUCCCGAGCAGGAUUUCGUCAACCAUCGUUGAAUGCAGUCAUGACCCUCCCCAGGCAUCUUAACCCGUAGGGUUCUGGAGUUUGUGUUCCAAGUUUGC